AUGCCCACUAGCGGGAGCCCGGGCGCCCCGGUCCCUGAGCGCAGUCUGGGUUGGACCUGCGGGGGUGGGGGGGAGCGUGCCAGCGGGAGCCCGAGCCGCGGAGCGCGCUGCCCUGCUCUGUCGCCGAUGACUCGGGACGUCGCGACCCAGCGCCCCCCAUGCAGGCCCCCUGCGCUCUGCAGACUCAGAGUUGAUAAUAAGACACCUACCCGACUCCGCUGCGGGGAGCCAUGAGCUGUCUGGAUGUUAUGUACCAAGUCUAUGGUCCUCCCCAGCCUUACUUCGCAGCCGCCUACACCCCUUACCACCAGAAACUAGCCUAUUACCCCAAAAUGCAAGAAGCCCAGGAGUGCGACGCCAGCCCCAGUGACAGCAGUGGCAGCCGCAGCUCUUUUUCCAGCCAAACACCGGCCAGUAUAAAAGAGGAAGAAGGCAGCCCAGAGAAAGAGCGCCCUCCAGAGGCUGAGUACAUCAACUCCCGCUGCGUCCUGUUCACCUAUUUUCAGGGGGACAUCAGCUCUGUGGUGGACGAGCACUUCAGCAGGGCCCUGAGCCAGCCUAGCAGCUAUUCCCCAAGCUGUACAAGCAGCAAGGCACCGAGGAGCUCCGGGCCCUGGCGGGACGGCUCCUUCCCGAUGAGCCAGCGCAGCUUCCCCGCCUCCUUCUGGAACAGCGCGUACCAGGUGCCCGUGCCCGCGCCUCUGGGCAGCCCGCUGGCCGCCGCGCAUUCGGAGCUGCCCUUUGCCGCCGCCGACCCCUACUCUCCGGCCGCGCUGCACAGUCACCUGCACCAGGGCGCGGCCGAGCCCUGGCACCACGCACACCCGCACCACGCGCACCCCCACCACCCCUACGCGCUGGGCGGCGCCCUCGGUGCCCAGGCCGCCGCCUACCCGCGGCCCGCCGCGGUGCACGAGGUCUACGCGCCGCACUUCGACCCGCGCUAUGGGCCACUGCUGAUGCCCGCCGCCUCCGCGCGCCCUGCCCGCCUCGCGCCCGCCCCGGCGCCCGCGCCCAGCAGCCCGCCCUGCGAGCUCUCCGCCAAGGGCGAGCCGACCGGCGCCGCGUGGGGCGCGCCAGGGGGACCCUUCGCGAGCCCCGCGGGAGACGUGGCCCAGGGCCUGGGCCUCAGCGUGGACUCAGGUUUGCAGCCUCGGGACAAAAGCAAGCAUCUGUGCUGGUGUUAGACAGCCCACCUUCUUCCCUCUCGCCGUUAUUCCCUCUGUGGUGCAUCCCUCCUGAGCUGAUCUGCUGACCCAGGGUUUCCCCUUCCCUUUCCCUUCUGACCAGCCACGGAGGCUCAGCACCUGUGCCUCUCACUUCAUGGAUGACGACGUGGGGGAAGGCAGAGACUUCAAACUUCUCCGUGAAUUGAGAAAACCAAAACACACAUCUACAGAAAUUUUGUCUAAAAAUAAUUCCUUCUGCCAUAAGAGCAGAUCCAGACUCUGAAUUACGUGUAAUGACUUUUGAGGAGAUCACUGGAAAUAUCUAUGGUAAGCUCACUUAGGUGGUAUGGUGUCAUAAGUUUUCUUGGAAAGAGCGAAAGGAAAUGGAGAUUUUGGUGUGAAUAUUUUUUAUGCUGGUGUGAAUUAUUUCAUUAAGUAGUGUGAUCAUAGCACUACAGAUGUCAAUAUCCUCAGAUUUAAAAUGUAUUUGUAUUUGCAUUGAAGACUGUGGUAGAGAAAUAAAAAGAAACCACUUCCUGCUUCCUCAUCUCGUGUAGCCUGCAGCUCCCAUCCUGCCUACAUAGCCCCUCCCUAGAGCACCCACUGCAGACACAAAGACACACUUUUUCCUUUGGACUGUGAACAUGGAAGCCCCAGCCUGAAUGUGAGUGGCAAGUGGCUUAUCUGGAGCCGCCUGCCCAAGUCUUAUUGAAAUGCAGCUGUUGUAGGACAACUGUUCAAAGCUCCACAAAUACAUCGACCAAGGUGGCACUUCCCAGUGUUUGGUACAACAAUUGCAAUUGCACUGGAUAUAUUUUAUAUAUGUGUGUGUUUAUAUAUAUAUCAUAUUUUUUACAAGGAACAUUUUAUGAUGAAAGAAGAAACCCUUCUCUGCCUUCUCUUCCACUAAUUCUGUCCCUCCCUCCCUCCCUCCUCCUCUGGUGAAAAAAAGCAACAAGAGACCCCAACUGUCUCCGUGAAGAGGGAGGAAUCAUCACAAAAAGCAGAAAAGUCCAUAGAGUCUCCAGUACCUCGAAUUUUUCUGUCUAUGGUCAUGAUUUGGUCACUUGAGUGUUGGGACAGGGAGAGGGGUCUGUUCAUGGGCAAAGCUGAAGGCGAUGAGGAAAAAGAAAUGAACAUUAAACGUGUCUGUUUACUACAAGGUUGCUGUGUUGUUUCAUCAAAAAAAUAAUAAACAUCGUAGUUUUUCACCAGUAGAAUAAUUUAUAGUAGUAAGAUCUUAUGUCAGUAAGUAAUAUUGCUUUAUAUAUAUAUAUAUAUAUAGUGCCUUUUGUUUUUCCCGAGUGUUUGUAAUGCUGUGAAACCUGUUAACCUUUUUCCCCUUUCUUGGAGGUGAGAAGUUAGGUAUCCCUACUCUGUUUUACAGAUGAGGAAACUGUGGCCCCUAGAAGCUCCAGGCUUACCUGUUUGCGUUCACUGAAUUAAAAGCAGAGAUGGUACAGAAUGCACUACUUGUACACCAUCCAGUCAGGUACAUAGUUAUUAUUCCCCAGAAGAGAAUUAAUGUUACUCCUUAAAUUCUAGACUCUUAGGACAGGAGAGUUGUCAGUUACAAAUGUUUUUGAAAUACUGGUUAUUUUAUGUUUUAAUAAGCUAGGCUAAGAAACCAAACCUACCAAUAGGCAAAAAAAAAAAAAAAUGAAGAAGAAGAAAGAAGGGAGAGAGGGACAAAGGCAGGAAGGAAUUUGUGGUCUUUAUUUUCUUUUGACAUCAGUUAUUUGUGUUGUCACUAAAGUGCCUGAGAAGUAUUUUGUGUUCAAAUUGCCCUGGUAGAUUGUUAAACCAUAAAAACAGUAGUUCAAAUGUUGACUUACAUUAUAACAUGUGAAGCAAAUAAAAUUUAUUUGUAUUUGAAUAAAGAGCUGAACACAGUGCAGGGACACUUCUCAGAGCAUGGCUGAGCAGAGCUGCUCAUCCCCUAUCUUUGUGGUAGCUGUGAAGCAAAUUAUAGUCCUUACAAGAAACAAUUACUAUUUUUGCUCAGAUGAAAGGUACUAUAUGGUUAUGCUGCACCAAAUGUGAUAACAAUAAUAAUAACUAAUGUUAAUUGUUUAUCAGUUACUGGUCUGAGGGCUUUAUAUGUAAAUUAACUCAUUUAAGCUUCACAAGAAUUCUGUGUGGUAGUUGUUAUUGUGAUCCUCUUACUGAUGAGAAAACU